AUGACACAACUUCCAGAGACAAAGCAGCAUAAAGAAAACGUUAGCAACGAUGAUGAACUUUUGGAAUUUGCCUUGAAAGAGUUCGAUUCAUUUGGAAAAGCGGCAAAUUUCACACGGAUUCUAGCAGGGUUUUUGCCUGUAUCAGCUAAAAGAGACGUGUUAACUUGCGAGUUUACUGUUACAACACCGCAUUUGAACGGAAAAGAAAAGCUACAUGGCGGACAAUCUUUGACAAUCAUUGAUGUGGUGACUUCGAGAGCUAUCUCAUUGACGCAAAGAAAUCGGGCCAAAGCUAGUCUUGAAUUAAGUGCCAGUUAUCUCUUACCGAUCUCAAGUGGCGAUGAGAUCAUUGUGAUCGCUCGAGUUCUCCAUAUCGAUUCGAAAACCGCUUACUCGGAAUGCGAAUUACGAAGGAAAAACGACGGUGCUCUUUGUGUUCUCGGUAAACAUACAAUGGCUUUUUUA